AUGCUCUGGGCCUUGUUAAUCAUCGCAGCCACGGCCGGGGCCGGUGUGCUGGGACAUGCCAAUCCUUACUAUGCGCAAGCUGUCAAGUUGAUGGAAGAAAGCCCUCUGAUAGACACACACAUCGACCUUCCUCAGGUCAUUCGAUCCUUGAAUCGCAGGCCACUGGAUGGCGUUCCGCAGCUUGCAGGAACUCUCCCAGGCCAUGUAGACAUCCCCAGACUGCGAGAAGGCAGGCUUGGCGGCGCGUUUUGGACUGUGUGGGCACCAUGUCCUGACACCCAGGGAGAAGAUCCCGGAGACGAUUUCAACUCACCGACAAAUAGCCUUCGAGAUUCGCUGGAAAUAUUUGAUCUGAUCCAGAACAUGAUCCUCAGACAUCCGGAACAUCUGCAAUAUGCACACUCGUCAGCGGACAUCAAGGCGGCUUUUUCUGCCGGCAAGAUCGCUUCGCUCUUGGGCAUGGAAGGAACUCAUCUGCUUGGCAACUCGUUGAGUGUCUUGCGAGUGUUCGCCCAGCUCGGCGUUCGCUACCUGACUCUUACGCACAGCUGUCACAGCUCUUUUGCUUCCUCUGCUGGGUAUGGACAUCCAGGACUUGUCCCAGUACAUACCGACAACGGCUUGACGGAUCUGGGAAGAGAAUUGAUUAAGGAGCUGAACCGCCUAGGUAUCAUGUUGGACCUCUCCCACACCACUGUCGAAACAAUGAAGCAAGUUCUCGCCAUCACAAAGGCGCCCGUUGUCUGGACACACGCCGGGGCGCGGGAGCUGUGCGAUCAUCCGCGCAAUGUGCCGGAUGAGGUUCUUCGAAUGAUUGGAGAUGAGCCGAACAAGAACCCCGGCGUAAUCCAGUCCAUCUUCUAUCCGCAUUUUAUCAGCUCCGGUCCGUCGGCGAAUAUAAGUGGUGUGGCGGAUCACAUCGAAUACAUUGCUUCUAUUGCAGGAAAGAAGCAUGUCGGCAUCGCCUCGGACUUUGAUGGAAUGUAUGCUACUGUUGACGGUCUGGAAGAUGCCAGCAAGUAUCCCUACUUGGUCGCGGAGCUCCUUUCGCGAGGCUGGACCGAAGCAGAGAUGCGGGAUGUAAUGGGGGGAAACUUGAUGCGAGCCAUGGACGAAGUCGACGCCGUCAAGGAACAAUUGAAGGACGAACUUCCAUCGUCAGCCGUGUGGGAAAAGAGAACCGAUCUUCCUGCAACGGGUUGGGGAAUGGUUGGCAACGUAUCAUUUUUCCCUACCGAGGUCAAGAAGGUGAUUGACAACAUGUAUUUGCGGCAUGAUGAGCUGUGA